AUGAAAUUGUGGAGUUCUGCUGAUUUUUCCGACCAAGGGUCAAUGGACGAAACAAGUCCAUUUGAUUGUUUCAAGCUUACUCGUACACAACGUCUUUAUGGGUUUGGUAUAUGUUUUAUUCUAGGCUUUGUGAUUAGUUUCCUGUCGACAUUUGCACUUUCUACUGGCAACAUUACCGGAUUUGCUGUCCUGUACACUAUUGGUAAUGUCGUGUCACUCGUCAGUACGGGAUUCUUGGUUGGAUUCGGAAAACAAAUAAAAACAAUGUUUGCUCCUGUUCGUCGGGUGGCAUCUGGAGUUUUUCUUGCAGCCAUGGUGACUACCUUGAUAGUCGCAUUCUUGCGCAAGUUACAUUCCUUAUGGCAGAACGAUCAUCAGAAAGGUGUUUGGUAG